AUGAGCGACGGAGCGGCCGCUCCGCGCCGCGGUAAGUGUGGACGUCUGUGUCAGUGUGAGAGCAUCAUGGUGGCCUUCAAAGGAGUCUGGACUCAGCCCUUCUGGAAGGCUGUUUCGGCCGAAUUUUUGGCCAUGCUCAUCUUUGUCCUGCUCAGCCUCGGCUCCACGAUCAACUGGGGUGGAGCAGAGAAACCCCUGCCCGUGGACAUGGUCCUUAUCUCCCUCUGCUUUGGACUGAGCAUCGCGACCAUGGUGCAGUGCUUCGGACACAUCAGUGGAGGCCACAUUAACCCUGCUGUGACCGUGGCCAUGGUCUGCACGAGGAAGAUCAGCCUUGCCAAGUCCGUCUUCUACAUCGUUGCCCAGUGCCUGGGAGCCAUCGUGGGUGCUGGCAUCCUUUACCUGGUCACACCACCCAGCGUGGUGGGAGGGCUGGGAGUCACUGCGGUACAUGGGGAUCUCUCUGCUGGCCAUGGACUCCUGGUGGAGUUGAUAAUUACAUUCCAGCUGGUUUUCACUAUUUUUGCCAGCUGUGACUCGAAGCGCAGUGAUGUCACCGGUUCAGUAGCUUUAGCGAUUGGAUUUUCGGUUGCAAUUGGACAUUUAUUUGCUAUCAAUUACACCGGGGCCAGCAUGAACCCUGCUCGAUCCUUUGGACCUGCUGUCAUCAUGGGCAGAUGGGAGAACCAAUGGGUGUAUUGGGUGGGACCAAUCAUAGGAGCAGUCCUUGCUGGUGCUCUCUACGAGUACGUCUACUGCCCGGACGUGGAGCUGAAGCGCCGCUUCAAAGACGUCUUCAGCAAGGCCACUCAGCCAUCCAAAGGGAAGUACAUCGAGGUGGAUGACAGCAGGAGCCACGUGGAGACUGAGGACCUGAUCCUCAAGCCUGGCCUAGUUCAUGUGAUUGAUAUUGACAGGGGUGAGGACAAGAAGGGAAGAGAUCCAUCCAGCGAGGUGUUGUCUUCUGUAUGA